AUGUCUUUGCAAUUCUCGAAGCUUUUAGGAGGGUUAAUAUUGGGUAAGACUCUUGUUGCCUUCUGCACUGUCGUUUAUCGUCUAUGGCUGCAUCCAUUACGAGCAUAUCCAGGAUCAUGGUGGUGGGCCGUCUCGCGAGUUCCAUAUCUGCAAAGCACCAUUCGUGGCACCAUCGUCCGAGACAUUCAGAAACUACACAAACAAUAUGGCCCAGUCGUCCGGAUUGCGCCAGAUGAACUCUCAUACAUCACACCCGAGGCCUCGAAGCCAAUCUACACGUCAAACCCGGAGUUCUCGAAGGAUCCGAUGCAUCUCCCGCCAUUCCACAAUGGCGCCCCGGGCAUUCUUGCUGCUGACCAUGCUCACCACCGCAGGUAUCGCCGGCUUCUGGCCCACGCCUUCUCUGACAAAGGAUUACGUGCGCAGCAAACCAUGAUCCAGCGGCAUAUUGAUCGCCUGAUCGGACGCCUACACGAGAACUGCGCAACGGGAUCCUUGGACAUGACGGUCUGGUUUAACUGGGCCACAUUCGACAUAAUCGGUGAUCUUGCGUUCGGGGAAUCGUUCGGAUGCUUAGAAAGGACGGAGACACACCCCUGGAUUGCAUCGAUUCAGGGAAACGUCCACGCGAUCCCCAUCCUCAAUGCUCUGCGUCGUUAUCGACUAGUCGGCAUACUCGGCCUGCUUGCUCCGGCAAAACUGCUCGAAAUGCGUCGGCGGAAUGCGGAAUUCACGGCAGAUAAAGUCGAUCGCCGGUUGGAACAUGCAGCAGUCACGCGAGGUGAUUUGUGGGACUCGGUCCUGGCAGACAGGCCGGAUGGCGAGCCUCCAAUGUCCCGCGCUGAGAUGGUCAGCAAUGCCAGUGCAAUCGUGUUGGCGGGCAGCGAGACAUCGGCGACUCUCCUAAGUGGUUGCAUAUGGCUAUUACUGGACAACCCGGUGUAUCUCCAGCAGCUGACCCGCCGCGUUCGGUCUCGAUUUGCCAGCCCUGCAGAGGUCGAUCCGCAGACGGUUACACAAGUCGAGGGGCUGCAGGCUGUGCUCGAGGAGUCACUCCGUCUUUACCCGCCGGUUCCAAUGCAGAGCAAUCGCAUUGUUGGACCGCAAGGCGCAUUUAUUGCAGGAAAAUGGGUUCCUGGAGGGACCUCUGUCGCGGUCCAGCAGUUUGCAGCAUGUAGGUCUCCCGAUAAUUUCAGGCGCCCUGACGAGUUUCUCCCGGAACGGUGGAAAGGACAGGGCGAGUUCGCCAAGGAUCACCGCGAGGUAGCCCAGCCGUUCAGCAUGGGCCCCCGCAACUGCAUCGGCCGUCAACUAGCUUAUACUGAAAUACGGCUCAUCCUGGUUCAUAUCCUCUGGCAUUUUAAUUUACGGCUCGACCAGACGCGCAUGAAGGACGCGGACUGGCUGGCGGAGCAGGGGAUCUGGAUUCUGUGGGACAAAAGUCCGCUGUGGGUCGUGUUGGAACCAAGGCCAAAGAAGUAA